AUGGCAGCCGCCGACGACUUGCUCCUCAACAUUAUUGAGGCUGAGGCCGCCACCUCGAAGCCGUUCUCCAAACCCCCUCCAGGCCAUGUGAAUCGGCAAGCAAAGGCUACCAAAAGAAAAUGCCACACACCCAGCGAGGCUACUCCAGUGAAGCGGAGGCAUGAAACACCGUUUUCCCCCGCCAAGAAAUCUGGUAUUACAAAAACUCAGAAGACUUUUAAGGAAAAGGCACAAAAAUCAUUUUCUCCUAAGAAGUACUCAUCUGGCACCGGUAAUGUAAAACAAGAGGAGAAACCAUGUAUUAAGACUUCAUCUUUGUUUAAAAACAACCCUGAAAUUCCAGAACUUCCCAGACCUGCAGUAAAGCAGGUGCAAGAGAAAGUGUUUACCUCAGAUGCUUUUCAGGAGCUGGACCUCCACCCACAUCUGAUUUCCACAAUAAAUACAGUCCUAAAAAUGUCCAGUAUGACCAGUGUUCAGAAGCAAAGUAUUCCUGCAUUACUGGGAGGCAGAGAUGCUCUUGUGAGAUCGCAGACAGGUUCAGGUAAAACUCUUGCCUACUGCAUCCCUGUAGUUCAGUCCCUCCAAGCAAUGAAAUUAAAAAUACAGCGCAGUGACGGUCCUUAUGCUCUGGUACUAGUGCCAACAAGAGAGUUAGCUUUACAGAGCUUUGACACUGUCCAGAAACUGCUUAAGCCAUUUACCUGGAUUGUACCUGGAGUGUUGAUGGGUGGAGAGAAGAGAAAAUCAGAAAAGGCCAGACUCCGCAAAGGAAUAAAUAUCCUUAUCUCAACUCCUGGACGUCUGGUAGAUCAUAUAAAAUCUACAAAGAACAUUCAUUUCAGUCGGCUACAAUGGCUGAUUUUGGAUGAAGCAGACAGAAUCUUGGAUUUGGGUUUUGAAAAGGACGUCACAGUGAUACUCAAUGCUAUAAAUGCAGAAUGUGAGAAACGACAGAAUGUCUUGCUGUCAGCAACACUCACUGAAGGUGUAACUUGGCUAGCUAAUAUCAGUUUGCACAAUCCGGUCAGUAUUUCUGUCCUGGAUGAGAGCCAUGAUCAGUGCAAUGUGAAGGACAAAGCAGCACAGGAAGUUUCUCAUCCACAAACUAGUGAUAAGUCGGACAGCUUCGCGAUACCAGAGAGUCUUGACCAGCAUGUGACAAUCGUUCCCAGCAAACUGAGGCUUGUCUGCCUAGCAGCCUUCAUUCUUCAGAAAUGCAAGUUUGAAAAAGACCAGAAGAUGAUCAUCUUUUUCUCAAGUUGUGAGCUGGUGGAGUUCCACUACAACCUCUUCCUCCAGACCCUGCUGAGCAGCUCGGGGGCCCCAGCAUCAGGGCAGUUACCAUCUGCCUCCAUGCGAUUAAAAUUCCUACGGCUGCAUGGCAACAUGGAACAGGAGGAACGAACAGCAGUGUUUCAGGAAUUUUCGCAUUCCAAAACAGGUGUCCUUCUUAGUACGGAUGUUGCAGCUCGAGGCUUAGAUCUCCCUCAAGUCACAUGGAUUGUUCAGUACAACGCUCCAUCUUCACCUGCAGAAUACAUCCACCGGAUUGGAAGAACUGCCCGGAUUGGCUGCCAUGGGAGCAGCCUGCUCAUUUUGGCUCCUUCGGAGGCAGAAUAUGUCAACUCGUUGGCUUCUCACAAAAUCAAUAUUUCUGAGAUUAAGAUGGAAGAUAUUUUGUCUGUUUUGACGAGAGAUGAUUGUUUCAAAGGAAGGCAAUGGGGAAACCAGAAAUCCCAUGCUGUUGGCCCCCAGGAAAUCCGAAAGCAAGCCACAGUCUUACAGACGGUAUUUGAAGAUUACGUGCACUCCAGUGAAGCGAGGGUCUCCUGGGCAAAGAGAGCUCUGCAGUCCUUCAUCCGAGCCUACGCCACCUACCCUAAGGAUCUGAAGCACAUCUUCCACGUCCGGUGCCUCCACCUCGGACAUGUGGCCAAGAGCUUUGGGCUGAGAGAUGCCCCCACAAACCUUAGUUUCUCAACUCUAAAGAAGAGGAAAGCACAUCUGAGAAGGCCUGACCUUCACAGGAAAACCCAGAGAAAGCACAGCCUUGCUGAAAUCUUACGUUCGGAAUACUCAAGUGGGAUGGAAGCUGGCGUCACCAAGGUUAAAAAGCACAGCAAAUCGGGAAAUCUCAGCAGCGCACCACAGAGGCCCACCAGGCGCGGGAGGCCUGGGGACCACGAGCAUCCAGACCCUCGGCCCCUGUGCGGCCGGAACGCGGGCGGGGGGCGCGAGCGGCCUCGGUACCCAUCUGUCAGCCCCGCGUCGUCGCCGGCCGGUCACCAGAUGCCGGCACCCUUGUCGCAGCCAGAUGAGCCGACGCUGCUGCGGCCCAGGGACCCCGCGCGCUGGCUCCCGGGCCCCCACCACCCCCAGGCCCGCGGAGAGGACGCUGGGCGCGCACGAAAACUGAGGUUGGGGAGGGAAGGCUCUGCCCAAGACGGCGUGUGGACUUUCAGGGGCCCCUCCACACGACCCCAGCCCCAAAGAGAAAGGACCAACUACUUCACUACUGAGGGCGGAAGCAAAGUUCACGGACGUUUUUUAAAUGGGUGGAGGAAGAAGAGGGCGGCGCGCAGACCGACCCACGCGAGCGCCGACUGGCGCCUGGGCAUUUGUAAGAAGUUUAUUUCGACAUUUAAAAAAGAGAAAGAACCCGAGGGGCCUGUGCGGCCUGAGGCGGGGCCGGGGGCGGUGGGAGGCAGUUCCUCGGCCCUUCCUGCCCCGCCGGGAGGGGAGGGCACAGGCCACAGACACUGA